GAGUGUCGGGUGACGACGGCUGGUCGAGCCAGUGUCUCUACGAGCUCUGUGACAAUAGCCGCUUUCUUGCAGACUGUCACCUGUUUGGCCUGGACGUGUUGUGUCAGCCCACCAACGCAUCUAUCACUCUUUCCCAGUCGGAGGUAAUCGAAAGAUAGAGUCCUGGCAGGACGAGGACAGGAGAGUAAAGCUCCUGAAGAACAAGCAGCGUAAAUACCGCUCUGACGCUAACACUUUGCUAUCUUCAGUGGCCACCUGAGUAAUGACGGGAUUCGUAAUGCUGCCAUAACGUACCCAGGUGGCAGCAGGUGUGAUGGUUCGCCAGCAUCCAGUCGUCCUGGUCUCGUAUUUCUGUUGGAGCUCUCGACCAGCGCGGGCAGCCCUGAGACACUUCCUGCCGACGCUGUCUGGGAUACUUUACCUCCACAUAUAACACAAUGGAAAUUCGACAAUUGGAAGGAUCUGUCUUUGAGAUACAAUGGAAUGAGAUGGGCGAAGGAGUUAGAAACUUGUGGCGGUGAAGCUGGUGUUGAGUAAAUCUGAGUCAUACAUAGAAUGCACAUAUUAAAAGAUUGCUGAAACAGAAUUCAAAUUGAAAAAUAUCUGUGUAAAAAUGGAUAUAAUCCAAGAAAACACAUAUUUAAUUUUAUUAAAAAGUGAUUUCAAAAACAUUUGAUAAGAAUAUAUUUGUGAGCGAUUUACGUUUCAAAAAGUGGAGUGCGCAUCUGGUAAACGAAGGGGGUUGGGCAUCUUGCCGCGUGGAUGUAGUGUGCGCUGGAGGCUUGGAGUUAAGGGGCAAGUGGUGCAGGUGUGGAACGAUGAAGCAGGUGCGAGGCGUGCUGAGGGCUGGACGAUGGGUCUCCACAUCGGUGCUUGGUCUCCUCUUGCUGUUGGCCGCGCUUGCAGGAGCUGCGGCCAUCCAAGACCUCACAGCUCAACCACAGCUUAGUAGCCACCGUCUCGGGCACUCGGACACCACAUCAGAGCCCUCGCCAGGGGUAGUGGCAGCCGCUGUGGUCAUGGACGCUGACGGGGUCAUGGACGCUGACGGGGUCAUGGACGCUGAUGGGGUCAUGGACGAUGACGGGAUCAUGGACGCUGACGUGGUCAUGGACGCUGACGGGGUCAUGGACGCUGACGGGGUCAUGGACGCUGACGGGGUCAUGGACGCUGACGGGGUCAUGGACGCUGACGGGGUCAUGGACGCUGACGGGGUCAUGGACGCUGACGGGGUCAUGGACGCUGACGGGGUCAUGGACGCUGACGGGGUCAUGGACGCUGACGUGUUUAUCACGACGAGGAAAGACCAGGCGAAGCCCAUCAGCUAUGACGGCACGCCAGGAUACGAAAAUUCCGUGAGAAUUAGUGCACUUUACGAAAAUAUAAACAGCCAGAGUUCUAUAAGUGCAGCAGUCAAAGUUACGGAAGUAACAUUGAAUCAGACUACCAUAACGUACGUUAAUCAAACUGUCAACACAGUGACGCCUAAUAUAUUAGAUUCAUUCGAUUAUACUAAGACACUCAAGGGCAAAUGCUUCUGGAAUUUUCUGGUUGGAGAUUCUGAAGAAAUACCCUUAGAUCACCUAGAUCCUCUCUUGCUUUAUUUACCGUCACACGGGAGGUAUGACCAGUCCUUAAAUGAACAAAGAUCAGAAGAGAUUUUAUAUUCGGGAAAAGACUUUAGUCUUCCUGAGGGCUGCUUAUACAAAGAGAGGGGACAGAAAACCGUCGUCUGCACGGGAACAAACAUCACCGAGAUUCCAGACUUCAAUACGGCAUGGGAUGUAAAGAUAAAGAAUCUGAUCUUCAACCUGACGGGGAUUCAAACGGUGACGGACAUCACACCCUUGCCCAGGUCACUCACCUCACUCUACUUCUCUAAUGGACCUCUGUACCAGUUCAAUGGGCAAAAGCUCGACCGGAUACCAGGGCUAAACACCCUCUCUCUCGACUACAACACCCUCAACACCUUCAGCUUCGUCUCUGUCUUCAACUCGAGCGACCCACUUGGAGAAAUUUCAAUCAAGAUCUUAAAUCUAAAGAAUAACCUUAUCAGUUACCCUCCGGAGCCGCACGGCACCAACGAGACGGUGCUGCCCCGCCUGGAGGUGCUCAUCAUGAACAACAACCCAAUGUCUAACUUGCCGGGGAAGCUCUUCAAGCCUCUCAGGAACAGCCCAGUUACCAGCCUCUUCCUCAGAAACUGCUCCCUCGGACAAUUUUCGGGGUCGCCGCUGGAGUACCUGAAGGGGCUGAAGGUGCUGGACCUGAGCAAGAAUAUGGGUCUGUCGGUGGAGGAGCUGAAGGAGCUGCUGGUGCCGCUCGCUGGGGCCCACCUCGAGCAGCUCUUCCUUAGUAACAACAACUAUAUCAUGGUGCCCACUGCAGCCCUCGAGCAGGUGAACGAGACGCUGCAGAUGUUGGACUUGCACGGCUCGGCCUUCGAGUGCCUGGACAACACUUCCUUUCCUCUCAUGGCCAACCUUAAAACCCUCAACCUUAUGUACAGCCGCAUCAACGUGAUCCGCUACGACACCUUCCAAGGCUUCCCGGCGCUGCAGGAACUCAACCUAGACGGCAACGGGCUGAUGACUGUACCGAGCGAGGCCCUCCUGCCCACCCUCACGGUGUUGACGCUGAGUGGCAACCCCCGCGCCGUGGGCAACAGCGCCCAGGGAACCUUCGACCUGGACACUGUCGACUUCAGUAACAUGGCCAAACUUCAGAAUCUUAGUUUCGAAGAAGUACCACUGAGAAAGGUGAAGGUCUCCCACUUCAAUGCCCUAAUUGACCUCCGCGUCCUCCACCUCUCAAACUGCCAGAUCUCAUACAUCGAGCCCCUCAGCUUCAGAAAUUUGUCGAAGUUGGAGAAGCUCUACUUGAUGGGAAAUGCAAUUCAAAUCCUCAGUAAUGAGACAUUUACUGGUCUCAUCAGCCUCACAUAUCUCGACCUUUCGGACAAUACUAUCAUUUUCCAAACUAAUCAAGGCCCCACCUACAUGGCCCCAAGAGUCCCCCUCUCGUCAACCGCUGGAACACACAGGUUCUCAGACAUGCCCACUGCUCUUGUCAAGGGUAACCACGACAAUUCACGCUCUAAGCGUCGCGCGCGUGAAAGUGAUAAGUUGUUCAACCUUUAUCUGUCAAUGAUCAGGACUAGUACCCAGCAGGAGAGAGGAGAAGGGCAAGUGCACAAGCCACAAAGGGGAUAUAAGGAACAGUUAUACACAUUUCUUCCGUUUAGGGGACUCAAAGAGCUUUCAUAUCUCGACUUGUCCAAAAACGAUAUACGAAACAUAUUCCCUGAGCUUUGGAAUGACCUGAGUCAUCUUACUUACCUACUUCUAGACUCCAAUAAUAUCAAAGAAUGGGAUGAACCAAACUUUUCCAACAACACUAAAUUAGAGACCCUCUCACUGACGAGAAAUUCGCUCACUACUGUAACGCAGGCGAUGGUGCAGGACUUCAAUAAAGAAAGUCUGAUGAUGGUGGACCUCCGUUUCAACGAGUUCCAGUGUGGGUGUUCCAUAACGAACUUUAACGGUACCCUUAACAGAACACGCUUCGCUUAUUGGUCAUCGUACCGUUGUACUGAGAACGGUCACAUGCUGACCUUCGGCGAGUACAUGAAGAACGCCACCUGCAAGGACAACUCCAACAACUCCACAAGUCACUACGCAAACCACGGCAUCAGAAUUGUCAUCAUCAGUGUGUCCGUCGCACUAUCUCUGGUCAUGACGGUGGUGACGGUCUACUCUAAAUGGUGGUACGUGCGCUACGUCAUCUACAACAUCAGGAUACGGACGAUGACGCAUAAGGCAGAGGGCGACAAGUAUCUCUACGACACCUUCGUCUGCUACUCCCAGAGCGACCGGCAGUGGGUGUUCGAACAUCUCCUGUUGAAGCUUGAAGAUGGAGGGAGGUACCGAGUGUGUGUACACGAGCGAGACUUCACGGUGGGCCAGGAGAUCACAGAGAACAUCAUCAGCUGUAUUGAGCUCUCCCGCAAGGUGAUUGUUGUGUUGACGCCCGCCUUCGUGGAGAGCAGCUGGUGCAUGUUCGAGCUGCAGAUGGUCAGCAACAGGAUACUGGACGAGCGCAAGUGCAAGCUCAUACUGGUGCUGCUGGAGUGUAUUCCAGAGGAGAAGCAGACCAAGAAGCUGCGGCUCCUGCUCAAGACCCGCACUUACCUCGCCUGGGUUACCGACGCCGAAGGACAGCGACUCUUCUGGGCCAGAUUACUCAAGACUAUUUCUAAGCCCUUAGCCACCGAGGCGGCCGUGUACACGAGCCACAUGUAGUCCAUAACUUGUCGUCCUGCCUCUCUCUCACUUCCUACUGCACGCCUAGUCUUUCCCACCACGAGACUUUCCCACCAGUAGCCUUUCCCACCAGUAGACUUUCCCAUGGGAAUGCCUCACUUCCUGCCCUGCCAACUUCACGGGGAGCGUCCACAGUCCUUAUACAUUAACAACCACCCGCCAUAUGUAAGUCUCACCUUCAUCUUGAGCUGUCACCAUUGUCACCAUCAGUUACAGACACCAUCACUCACAGUAGGUCACCACAGCGCGCCCCGCUCAUCACCAUCGCACUCUGUCUUGCAGUUCGAUUAAGAUAGGUAGUGUUAAGAUGCUUUAGUUAAGGUUUAAGUUUAAGUUAGUACGGAUCGCCUUUAAAAACAUUUGUGUGUGUAGCAAAUUUUAACAGGCCAUAAUGUCAGCCGUUACCACUGUAGCACACCUGGCCACCGCCACCACUGUAGCACACCUGGCCACGACCACCACUGUACCACACCUGGCCACCGCCACCACUGUACCACACCUGGCCACGACCACCACUGUACCACACCUGGCCACGACCACCACUGUACCACACCUGGCCAAUGUGGUCUAUGGGAGUAACGGCUGAUGACGGCGGUGUUACCAGAGUCGUUAUAUCGGAUGCGUCACCUGGUGACGGUUCUGUAGUCCUCUCGUGCUUUUAGCUCUGUCUAUUAGAAUUUCAGUUGCUAUUGGUCGGUCAGAAAGCAUACUUAAGUAGCGUCUACUACACGCUGAUGAGCGUGCUAUACUUAACGCUGUAAAUCCUCUCUACCUCCAACAGGCGCGCAAGGCUGACACACAGCCCUCAAUAAUAGCUGACCUCAGCGAGGCAGAGGACCAAUCAUCUUAUAUUAUAGUUUAUAUAAUAGUUGUCCCUCUUAAAAUUAAGAGGGACAAACACAGGGUGUAGCGUGCCUGGGAGUGAAGGUAUUGUGCGGUGCAUCAUGUUGGGAUGACUUGGGCUCUCAGGGUACAUGUUCCUAGCUACAUAAAUGUUGGUAAUGGAAUCCUAGCGAGUGCUUUCUAGCUUUACUUACUGUCCCAUCAAACUGGGAUUAUAAAAUACUCUAGUUCACGCUAGUCAGGAAAAAUGACUCCCAAAUCUUUAUUGCAUUCUGCAGGUUAUGUAAGCCGCCCCCCCUUGUCUUCCACACUGCCACACCUGUUGUCCUCCACACUGUCACACCUGUUGUCCCCCACACUGUCACACCUGUUGUCCUCCACACUGUCACACCUGUUGUCCCCCACACUGUCACACCUGUUGUCCCCCACACUGCCACACCUGUUGUCCUCCACACUGCUACACCUGUUGUCCUCCACACUGCCACACCUGUUGUCCUCCACACUGCCUGCCACACCUGUUGUCCUCCACACUGCCACACCUGUUGUCCUCCACACUGCCACACCUGUUGUCCUCCACACUGCCACACCUGUUGUCCUCCACACUGCCACACCUGUUGUCCUCCACACUGCUCUAGAACUGCACCACUACUUACUGUUUGACAAAUGUUCGACGGGCGCCACAGUGAGGGUCAACAGGCACUGUGACACCGUAGACCAUCACAGUCUCACACACCUUCUUGAGCGCCUGGCACCAACCUCUUUACCAACUGUACUGGUCAUUGUGCAGUGCUGGGAUGGGCUCACCACAUGGGCUCACCACAUGGGCUCAAUGUGAGGGCUCAUAUUAUGGGCUCAAAAUAUUAAUGUAAUGUUCCACAACGUGUUACACAUGCUAUAUUUUUGUCGAAUAAUACCUGAGAAUACUGGUUAUAAAUAUAAAACUGAAUGUAAAUAUAAUUACACAUUAUUUGGGAAAAA